UUCAAACCGAUGAGCAUGCUGUGUGGCUCCUAGCCUCCUACUCAUCACUGCAACUGUAACAGUAACAGCAGAGAUAUCGCCACUCAAGAGGAGUGCCAUCGCCGACAUCUACACACACAGUCACACACACACCAACGUUGGAUGAACAUCGGCUUAUUCUUCUCAAACGUACGCUGGGGAGGUAGAGAGAGAGAGAGUGUCCACCUGCGCUUAUCUCAUACACAACAGGGCUAAGAGAACUCCAGCAACCACCAGUGAUCUUAGAGGAGUCCUUGGAUUACUGAAGCUUGACUGACCAUUCUAACAAAACCAAAAGGCAAAGCAACACAUAACCAUGAAGACCAGACUAGCCUGCCUGUCCAAUAAGUCGGACUCCUACACCGACUUCACUGAGUUCCUGCCUCCUGCCCAAGACAGGACCACCAGAUGCCUAAAGCUGACAAAAGACGAGGUCAUUCGAUGGGCAGAUUCCUUCGAUGUUCUUCUAUCGCACAAGUAUGGCCUGGCUGCCUUCCGGGCUUUUCUCAAGACGGAGUUCAGCGACGAGAACAUUGAGUUCUGGAUGGCCUGCGAGGAAUAUAAAAAAAUCAAGACUCCCGCUAAACUGGUGACCAAAGCCAACAAGAUCUACAAUGAGUUUAUCGAUGUCAAGGCUCCCAGAGAGGUAAACAUAGACUUCCGUACACGGGAGGUGACGAGACAGAGCCUUGAGGAGCCUACUCCUUCCAGUCUGAACGAGGUCCAGGCCAGAGUCCACAGCCUCAUGGAGAAAGACUCUUACCCACGCUUCCUCCGCUCCAAGAUCUACCAGGACUUACUCAAAACGCAGUACACACCCUGCCAACGGAACUCUGUCUGAAGAACACACACGUGCAGCCGCAGAUACAUAUACGCACACUUAAGUGAUAAUGCCGUGAAGCCAGUGUUUGGAGGAUAUAUUGGUACGGGUGUUGCUAGGCCAGAGACAAAGUCGAGGGUCGGCAAACCGUGCCAAUAUAUCCCCUAACAUCAGCUUCUUGGGCAUAGUCACUUUUAUACAACGGGUUAGCAACAUAUUCAAAUAAUGAUUGACGUAUUUUCAUUAAAAACAUUCAUUUGAUAAAUGUAUUCAUACUAUUUCAUCCUUCCACAAUAUAUUGUCCCAAAUCUAGGGUUGCUACCCAAGCUGGCUGGUUGUUCAUUCUAUCGGUUCGGUUUGCCAGUCAUUCAGAUUUUUUGUUCUGUAUCUAUGGAGGCGACACAGUCGUUCCUUCUAAAUAUUCCAUUGCCAUACUGGCUAGCAACGUUCUUAUCCCUUGCUUGCUAGCUAGCAAACUACGGCUAACUUACAGUCACAUCAAAAAAGUGCAGCCAGAACAACAGCAAGCAUUUGCAUUUGUUUAAGCUGUUUUCUAGUGACAUUUAUUUGGAUACAUCCAUAACAAUGAGCUAGUGAGGCGCAAUUUCGUCUGGCAUAUAACAUCUGCUCACUCGUCAGGAUACAGUCGUUGAGAGGAGCUAGCCAACAAUACAGCUAAUGCAAUCACUUCAAACUGAAGCUGGAAAGACUGCAAACUAGCUGCACUUCAUUUUGGUUUACCUUGUUUCAAUUGAUAUGUCUUUGUAUAUAUCCAUAAAAAUUAUGCCAGCUGAUUCAUGAUUUCGACUGGCUGAGAAACGCAGCUUGCCUGUCGGUCUCAUUCCGACUCCCGACACGUUCAUUACUAUGAAACUAUGAGACUAUUGAAUAUUGAAACAAUGUUGUAAAUGUCAGAGAGACAUGCUGCAAGUUUUAUACAAACCUCCUCUGUUGAAAACGAAAUGUUCAGUCUAAAAUAAAUGUGAGAUAAUAUCUAGAUGCUUUUUUAUAGUGGAGAUCAAGUUUAUAUAAAUUGCUUGGCUGGGCUGAUGAGACAGUGGAUUGCGCAGUCAGAUGGAACAAAGUAAAUAGGCAUUUUAAGUUCAUAGAUUUAGCCAGUGGUAAC